AUGGCCAGAGACAAAGAGCGCUCGAUCAACCCAGCCGCGGCGCAACGAAAACAAGACAAACAGAAAAGCCUAAAAAAGGGCAAAGCAGAGGCACUAGCACGACGAAACGAGAAGCUCGCACGGCGCAAUCCGGAUCGAAUCCAACGACAGAUCAACGAGCUCAAAGAAGCCGAAGAAUCAGGCCAGAAACUACGACCGCGUGACAAGGAGAUUCUCGAGGCUCUAGAGAAAGAUCUACGAGGCGUAUUGAAAGCGCGCGAAGCCCUCGGCGAGAAAGCACCCCGAUUCAACAAUGACAACCGAGGCGGCGGCCAGGGCGGCGGACGAGGGGGUCGAGAGGGCGUACUAGGCAAGCGGAGACGCGAGUCUGACGAGACGCGCAUGCCGGCCGAUGAUGAGAGCAGUGAUACAGAUGAGGAUGUGAGGAGGAUACCCAUGCCGCGGGAUACACCACCGCCGAUUCCGCGCCAGCAGCGGAGACGAGGUGGGGAUAACGCGCAGGGCGAGAGUGCACAGCGUGGUCCUCAUCCAUUACCGUCCAGGCCGACGACGGUUGCAGCGCCCAAGACAGUGUAUGAGGCCAAGCCUGAGAUUCGUGAUUUGCGGCGGGAGGCGACGAAUAAGUUUAUUCCGGCUGCGGUUCGGAUGAAGCAGCAGUCUAUUAAGGGUCAAGGGAAAUUGUUGGAGCCUGAGGAGAUGGAUCGGCUUGAGAAGGCUGGCUAUAAUGCUUCUGCUGGGCCUGGGCCUGAAGCUCCAGCGAAGGAUAGGCAGAUUUCGUUGGAGGAGGAGGAGCAGCGGUUUAAUCGGGAACUUAGGACUGUGCAGAUGGAGGAAGUUGAGGAUGAAGAAUCUUGGGCUUAA